GGCAGGCCCCUGGACCAUUGGCCUCUGGGGCAGCCAGCAGCGAGAGAUAUUGAAAGCCCUCAUUGGCCAGGGGAGGCAGCUCGCGGCACACAGCACAUGCUGCGGGCUCAGGGAGCAGGCAGAGAGCAGGGCUCCUGAUCCCGGGCUGCACCUCCCACUCCUCCUCCUGGCCUGGCCCAGCCUGAGUUGCUGGGGUCCACUAUGGCCAACCCAUCCUUCAGGCCUUCUCAUCUCUUCACCAUCUCGGGGUUGCUCUAUUACUCCACCUGUAUGGCCCUUCCCGGUCUGGAAGAGAAGAAGCGAGGGAGUCAGAAAGGAUGCUGCCUGCUGAGCCCUCCGCCGCCACCAAUGUUUCCACCGCCAUUUUUCAGAGGGAGCCGGAGUUCUCUUCUGUCCCCAGAUAUGCCAGACUUCUUUCUAGAGCUACGGACAACCCAGUCUCCAUGUGUUCAAGAAUCGUUUGGCCCCCCUGGACCUCCAGGCCCCCAGGGUCCCCCAGGGAUUCCUGGAGUGAGAGGACCAAAAGGGGAAAAAGGGGAGCUUGGCCGGCCAGGAAGAAAGGGUAGACCCGGCCCUCCAGGAGCCCCUGGAAUGCCUGGGCCUGUUGGCUGGCCAGGCCCUACUGGACCUCAGGGCGAAAAAGGUGAUCUGGGCUUGAUGGGGUUACCAGGUCCAAGAGGAUCUGUGGGCUCUCAGGGUUAUCCUGGAACCAGAGGGGAAAAGGGCUCCAAAGGUGACAAGGGCAUCUUAGGCCCCAAAGGAGAAAAGGGUUUUCCAGGUCUCCCUGGGAUGCUGGGACAAAAAGGAGAAAUGGGUCCGAAGGGAGAGCCCGGCACAUCAGGACCCAGGGGACCCACGGGAAGACCAGGAAAACGAGGCAAGCAAGGACAGAAGGGUGAUGCUGGAGUCACGGGUCCGCCUGGCCGACCUGGCCCUCCUGGCAGACCAGGCUCCCCAGGAGCACCAGCAUCCGGACAAUCUGUCAUUGGACCCAAAGGGGAAAGAGGACCUCCCGGGCCUCCAGGGAGAUGUCUUUGUCGAUCCUCCAUGAAUACAAAUAACCCGUCAUAUGAGGAAUACGAGCAGGGACCCAACUACCCCAGGGUGCCUGUGAUUUUUGUGGUGAGCAAUAGGGAGGAGCUGGAGCGACUGAAUACCCGAAACGCGAUCGCUUUUCGCAAAGAUCAGAGAGCUCUCUAUUUCAAGGACAGUGUUGGCUGGCUCCCCAUUCAGCUUACCCCUUUCUAUCCUGUGGAUUACCCUGUAGACAAUGGCAACGCUUGUGGAGAUGGAAUCCUCCAGCAUGGGGAGGAAUGUGAUGACGGCAACAACAGCGUGGCCGACGACUGCAUAAGAUGUCAUCGUGCAUAUUGUGGAGAUGGCUAUCGACACGAAGGAGUGGAAGACUGUGACGGGAGGGACUUUGGCUAUCUGACUUGCGAGACCUAUCUUCCCGGGUCUUAUGGGGAAUUGAGAUGUACUUCACACUGCUACAUUGACUCCACACCAUGUCGCUAUUUCACAUGAAGGGACGCAGGGCGGGCGGUACCCGUGUGGAAUGGGCGGCAGCUGUCAUGACACAAAUGUAGACCCACGUGCCGAAUCUGCAUGAAGAAAACAAAAUCCAACCAUCUUGCUGCUGACGGCUAUUGGAGACGUAUGUUUAAUUAGUUCUGACUGGAAGAAAAAACGGACCACCGUAUCCUUGUCUUAACUCGCAAUGUAGAUGGCACCUCGCGGGCUCACGUGUGCCCAGUGUAAAGGCAGCAACGAGUCUCCAUACCCCAGAAAACCACGUGAUAAGACAAUGAUACCUCAGCUUAGCACUCUGCACACGGACCUUUGGGCUGUUGUUUGGAUUUAGCUUUGAGCUGCAGCUUUCAACUGUCUCUAAGGAUAGCCCAGGCUGGAGGUCUGACCAUCCUCUUCUGUGCUCCUCUGACCUUGAGCAGGGUCAGGUCAGCUCAGACUGCAGCCUCAGUGACAUGAAGGGUCACGGAUGCCCAGCACUGAUUCUCCUGUGCCUCUAUGGAAGGGCCCCUGGUCAGCCAUCAGUGAAACUGCAGAGGUCAAGCAGCCAUCCCUCCCUGGGGAGAUGCUGGCUCAGCCCCAGACUGAGCCGUCCCUGUCUCCCUCACACCUCCCAGAAAGCCACCUUCAAAGCAGAUGAAAGGUCAGUUCCUGUUCAGACCCCCAUGAGACAGAGGCUUACGGACAGCUCUCUGGACUGGCUGGAAAAACUGUCCUGGAGGUUGGUGUCCGUUUUCUUGGCAUUCACUUGAAGGGGGAGCCUAUUUCUACGUCCCGGCCUUUCUUCUGUCGCUGUUGGUCCAGUCUAACUGAGCUGAGCUUCAUUACCUAAUCCGAGUGACCACACCUCCACACUGUUCUCUUGCAAAAUUCCCAGAUGUGGUUUUCCCACCUGGGUGUGGUCGAUCAUCUUCUCUCUGUCCUUCAGGAAAGCUGGUCCCCAGUCCUAACUGACAAUGAUGUCUCUUGUGCUUCUCAUCUUUCCUUACUGCAUACCUUGUGACACUUCUCAAGGUGUAUGAGUCAUGUGUGGGUCUCACUGUUGUAUCUGCAGGUGGGAGCCCAUGAGUUGUCUUGCAGUCAGCCUGGCUAGAGAGGCUUCCCUUCUGUUGUGUACAGAGGGGUCAAAGGCGAUCUCACCUCUGUUCCCCCGGCAUUAACAAGAUCCUUGUCUGUUUACUACAGCUACCCACUGGCUUGCUCUGUGCAGGAGGGUGAAUGUUCUCUGUUUCAUGCAAACCAAGCAGAACUAGUGCAGGCAAUGUGCCGUCCAGUGCACGUCUUCAGACUGCAGGGGGAGCUGCUGAUGUAGUUGGUACCCCGUUUGUGACACAGACUCCCACUGAAGAUGCAUUGCUAGGACUGGACUCAAUCCUGCCAAUGUCUCCCUGAAGACUGGAUGAAGCUGAGAGAAUCCCUGACUCAUGCCCAUGAACAGAAUGCUUUCCCUUUCAUCAAGUGGGGAGCAGCUACUGCAACACACACACACACACACACACACACACACACAC